CGGCCGCUCUGCUGGCCCAUCAUGCUCCGCGGGAGGCCGGCUCGUCUUCCGUGUGUGGGGGAGAGAGACCGAGAGAGCCGCCCUGGGGCCGAAGGAGGAAGGCUGGACGGUCGGCUGAUGCGAGCCCGAAGGAAGGCAGGAGGAGAAGGAGUUCUGCCGCCGCCGCCGCCCGGCGACCAUGCCGCCUCAGUCCCGUUCCGGUCGGCGGCUGCUUCCCGUUUUGCUGCUGCUGCUGCUGCCGCCGCUAAUAGCGCGCGGGAUUUCCACCCAGCGACCCCGGGGCGGGCAUCGGGAGUCGCGAUUCGAGAGAUUAGAGUCUGUUCUUUCAGACUAUGAUAUUCUUUCUGUGUCCAACAUCCAACAACAUUCAGUAAGACGAAGAGAUAUCCAACCUGAAUCCCAUAUAGAGAGACUUGUUAGUUUUUCAGCAUUGCAUAGGCAUUUUAAGUUAUAUUUAACAUCAACAGCAGACCAUUUUUCAAAAAACUUUCAAGCACUUAUUCUUGAUGGCAAAGGCAAUGAAAGAGAGUAUCAUGUACAAUGGCAAGAAUUUUUCACGGGUCAUAUUGUUGGUCAGAGUAAUUCCAAAGUUAUGGCUCACAUAGGUGAAGGUGAUUUCACAUUGAGGAUCAAUACAGAUGAAGAAGAAUAUAAUGUUGAGCCCUUAUGGAGGUUUCUCAACAACACAGAAGAUGGAAGGCUUUUGGUAUACAAAUCCGAAGAUAUUAAGGAUAUCUCACGAUUACAAUCCCCAAAAAUAUGUGGUUAUGUCAAACUAGAAGAAGAGGGGCUUUGGGGAGGAGGGCUCAAGGAUAAUCAUGUAAAUAUAGAAAAUAUUCCUCGGAGAAGAAGAGCUAUUCCUGACCCCAUGAAAAAUACUUGCAAGAUGUUAGUGGUGGCAGAUCAUCGUUUCUUUAAGAAUAUGGGCCGCGGGGAAGAAAGUACCACCAUUAACUACUUAAUUGAAUUAAUAGACAGAGUGGAUGACAUCUAUCGCAAUACCUCAUGGGACAACGCCCACUUCAGCGGAUACGGCAUACAGAUAGAGCAGAUUAUUGUUCAUAGUGAGCCAGAGGAUUCCCUACUUCCUAAGCAAAAACACUAUAACAUGGCAAAAAGUCAGCCUGAUGAAGAGAAGGAUGCCUGGGAAGUCAAGCAGCUGCUAGAGCAAUUCAGUUACGACAUAGCUGAAAAAGCAGCUAAAGUGUGCCUUGCUCACCUAUUUACAUACCAAGAUUUUGAUUUGGGUACUCUUGGAUUAGCUUAUGUGGCAUCUCAAAAACCAAACAGCCAUGGUGGCAUCUGUCCAAAAGCUUAUUCUAAUUCGAUACCAGGAAAAGCUGUCUAUCUUAAUAGUGGCUUAACCAGCACAAAGAACUAUGGCAAAACGAUCCUUACAAAGGAAGCUGACUUAGUUACUACUCAUGAGUUGGGACAUAAUUUUGGGGCAGAGCACGAUCCUGAUAGCAUGCCAGAAUGUGCUCCCACUGAAGAUAAAGGAGGAAAAUACGUUAUGUACCCUAUUGCUGUGAGCGGGGACCAUGAAAACAACAAGAUGUUUUCAAACUGCAGUAAAGCAUCCAUUCUUCAGACCAUACAGUCCAAGGCCCCAGAAUGCUUCAAAGAACGGACCAACAAAGUAUGUGGCAAUUCCAGAGUGGAUGAAGAAGAGGAAUGUGAUCCUGGUCUCUUGCAUCUUCAGAACGAUAUUUGUUGCACAUCUGACUGCAAGCUAAAGCCAAAUGCAAAAUGCAGUGAUCGAAACAGCCCCUGCUGUAAAGGAUGCCAAUUUGAAAGUGCAAAUAAGAAGUGCCAGGAAGCUAUCAAUGCAACCUGUAAAGGGGAAUCCUAUUGCACAGGGAAUAGUAGUGAUUGUCCUUCCCCUGGGAAUGCCUUGGAUGACACUGUCUGCGUGGAUUUGGGAAAAUGCAAAGAUGGCGAAUGCGUCCCAUUCUGUAAGUGGGAGAACAACAGCAAUUCAUGUGCUUGCAAUGAAACAGAUGACUCCUGCAAAAUCUGUUGUCGAGAUGAGGCUGGGAAAUGCAUCCCUUAUCGUGAUGACAACCAGAACUUCUUAUAUUUGAGGAAGGGAAAACCCUGCACUGUGGGGUUCUGUGACACGAAUGGCAAAUGUGACAAGCGUGUACAGGAUGUGAUUGAGCGACUUUGGGUUUUCAUUGAUCAGCUUAGCAUCAAUACAUUUGGGAAAUUUUUAGCAGACAACAUAGUAGGAUCUGUACUUGUAUUCUCCUUGGUGUUUUGGAUUCCUCUCAGUAUUAUAGUACAUUGUAUGGACAAGAAAUUGGAUAGGCAAUAUGAAGAAAACACCAAAUCUCUGUUUGGUCCAAGUAAUGUCGAGAUGUUGAGCAGCAUGGAUUCAGCCUCCAUCAGAAUCAUCAAGCCUUUCCCUGUUGUGCCCCCGGCAAGUCGGCACCAGCCUUUGCAGUCCAUCGUACCGGUGUCUGUGGCAACAGGGCCCCCAAAACUGGAUCACCAAAGAAUGGACACCAUCCAAGAGGAUCCAAGCACAGACUCCCAUAUGGAGGAGGAUUGCUUUGAGAAGGAUCCUUUUCCAAACAACAGUACAGCUGCCAAAUCAUUCGAAGACCUGACAGAUCACCCGGUCACCAGGAGUGAGAAAAGCUCUUUUAAACUGCAGCGCCAACAUAGGGUAGACAGCAAAGAAACUGAGUGCUAGUCUGCCUUCUCAGCUGCUUAUUCUUCUGCGCAAAAUCAAUUUCAGCUAGUUGAUCUAAAACCAUUUCAUUGUAUUCUCUGCCUCUCUGUGCGUCUGUGUUCGUGUGUGUGUGUAUGAAUUUGUACAUGCAUACACAUAUAUAUGUAUACUGAGAAAAAAGUAAGGAAGUGACCAACUGCAGAUGCUGGCCAUAUGUAUGAUCUUCCUGAUAGCAGUAUGAAUGAGUACUGCCUAAAAGCAUAAAAAGUGAGGUCAGAUAUUGGGUUUUUUUGACUUUUUUCUGUAUUCUCACAUUGAACCUACCCUUCAGUUGAUGGAAUCAAGCCAUAUCAAGCCUCUGACCCAAGAUUAGUGAAUCUUAGUAUUUUUAUAAUGUGCCUUCUUGGUAUUAAACAGCACUGCCCAAACAGAUUUCUUAUUCCCCUCCAGAAUACAGUCCUUCCAAAUAAAUGAAGUCUUCUUGUAUUAGAGAAUUGAGGAAUGCUGCUAAACAGUAUUUAUUUUUAAAUGAAAGAUGAACGGAAUCUUUAAAAUUAAUUGAUAUUUAGGAAAGGCAGAGAUUUCAGCUAAAUCAUAGCAGCUAAUUACUUCAAUGCAAAUCUUGGAAUCCGAGAAUUUUUUCAGAAUAAAAUACAGUGUGGAUUUAAUUAUGCUGUUCUGAUCGGAACCCAACAGGAAGAUAAUCAAAACCCAAUUGAGAUAGAAGCAAUCUUUUCAUUGAUUUUCAGAUUUGUAUGCACAUAGCGUGCUGGAUGUUAAUCUCUGAUGCAAAACGAGCAGCUUAAAUGUGCAAUUGUCAUUUCACUUCUUUCACUUUGUGAGGAAGGAAUGUAAGUCUAGAAAGGAGACUUCAUAAAACUGUAUUUCAAAACAUGUUAGUGUACAGUAUCCAAGGCAUCUGCAUGUUGUUUCAGCUAGGGCGUAGUUCGCAUUGCAUUUUUAUGGCUGAUCUGCUUCUGUGGGGAAGCAACCAUUGUGGGUGCCAUGAGGAAAAAGACUUGAGCAUCUUAGUGUUGGGGCUCCUUUGCCACUAGCCUGACCUAUCUCAGUCCUGAUCACCCUCAAGUGCCAAUUGCUGCCUUUUGUGACUUUCUCCAGGCCUUUUGCUGAGUGAGCAAAAGCAGGAACAGCACAGCCCCCUCCUUUUGCUUGGAAGGGAUCUGAUCUCAAAGAGUGGGGGCAGUGCAUAUAGAAACGGUUGGCUCACGAUUAAAAGGAUAGCAUUAUUUCCGAUUGCUCAUCUAAUCAUGUCCUAAGUUAUGCUUUAUGUAAAACACAACAGCUUGGGAGCUGGUCCACGUGUC